GAUUUACUACUGAACUACCUCUUACAAUGUACCAGCAAAUUAUUGGUCGUUCCGGGCGACAGAUCAGCACUGUAGCCAGGAGAGCCGGGACAAACGAUAACUCCUCUAAUCGAACACAAAUAAACCCAUCCAUGUUGCGCAGACAGGGUCCUGCCUGGGUUCUUGCAGGGGGCGGAAUGGUUGCCACCUUGGAAGGUGUUUAUUUAAUGUUACGUUCGUUCCGACGCCUGAGAUACAUCUAGUCUGAGCCAAAGGUUGAAUGGUUAUAUGGCGAAUGGGGGACCUUCGUGGUCCAUUUCAGGAGGUGGAUGACAAAAAUGUCUCUACGAAUCACCUACACCGUCACUCACUAUACUUUGACUGUCGGAAAUUCGAGACCGUGUCAGCGUCAUUUGAGCUUCGGAAAAAGCGAACAAAACAAUAUGAUAAUGGAGCAUUGUACUGUGCACUAUAUACCAAGCAAAAAAUGUUCUUAUUGCUCCACAUACUUGCCAU